ACGCCAUAAUCGCCACAUUCUUUAUACUCAGCCUAGCGACUAUCGGUAUCUCACGCUUGCAGAAUAUAUUGCUUGCUAUUUGUCACUCAGUUUUUAAAUACUGACGUAAAAAUGUCGUACAAAGGGCCACAAAAAGUUCAGAAGGUGAUGGUGCAACCCAUUAAUUUGAUAUUUCGCUAUUUACAAAAUCGCUCACGCGUGCAAGUCUGGUUGUUUGAGAACGUUAACCUGCGAAUCGAGGGACACAUUGUCGGCUUCGACGAGUACAUGAACCUGGUAUUGGACGAUGCCGAGGAAUAUCAUCAGAAGACGAAAAACAGGAAGCCGCUGGGUCGCAUUAUGUUGAAAGGCGAUAACAUCACUUUGAUACAAAACACCAAUCCCACUGCGAAUUAAGGAGAAACAUAACCUCAACCUGGCGUCAUUUUUUGGCGGGCGCCGGG